UCCUUUUAACCAUAAUUUGUUUUUCUUCUCUUUUUACCCCUUUCACACUCACAGUAACGUCGAAUCAAGUAGAAAACCCCGAAAUGAGGGCUGGUUACCAUGAACGCAAUCUACUGAAAACACUAUUCGACGACUUUCCAUAUCGUGAUUUAACCAGACCAUCCAACGAUCCAUCGGAACCUGUAUUGGUUCAAAUGGGAAUCGCUCUCCAACAAAUCAUUGAUGUGGAUGAAAAGAAUCAGCAAAUGAUUUCUAAUCUUUGGAUGACAGUGAGAUGGGUGGAUCCAAGUUUAGCUUGGAAUAAAUCAGAAUACGGUGGACUAGAUAAGAUUCGUGUUAACCCGGACAUGGUAUGGCGACCAGAUAUAUUGGUCUACAACAGCGCCGACUCCAAGUUCGAUCCGACGUUCCACACGAAGAUCUCUGUGACAGACGAUGGUGCGUGUGAAUGGAUCCCACCGGGUAUCUUCAAGACUUCAUGUCCUAUCGAUGUCAGCUACUUCCCCUUCGAUAUCCAGGAAUGUGAAAUCAAGUUUGGAUCAUGGACCUAUGGUGGUUUCACCAUCUCUCUUAAUCUUCUAAAUGAUACGGGUAUGAAUGAUACCAGUGAGUUCGUCAUGAAUGGAGAAUGGAACCUCAUUGGCAUGCCUGCGGAGAAGAAGAUCAAGAACUACACUUGCUGCCCAGAAACGUAUCCCUCCCUGCAUUUCUACAUCACCAUUCGUAGGAGGGCGCUAUACUACACACUCAAUAUUUUAGUGCCGUGUUUGGUCAUCUCAUCCCUUGCCUUGGUGGGAUUUACAUUACCUGUAGAAAGCGGAGAAAAAUUAUCUUUUGGUAUUACUAUUUUACUGUCAUUGACUGUGUUUAUGUUGCUUGUUGCUGAAGCAAUGCCAGCUACGUCUGUCUCCGUCCCACUAAUAGCCAAAUAUUUCGACUGUGUGCUAUUGAUGGUGGCCUUAUCGGUGGUGUUUACGGUAAUAACACUCAACAUACACUACCGACAUCCAAACUCUCAUGUCAUGGCGUCAUGGCAACGCAGCCUGCUUCUAGAAUGGUUACCAUGGUUACUGUAUAUGAAGCGACCCGGAAGGGAAUGGUCACCGUGUCAACCAAAGCCAUCUCGAGAUGAUAUGGGACCACCGGUCUUUAGUCACGUUGGCCCCAGUACAGAGAUACAACUAAUGGAUCGAUCACCUAAGCGAAAGGUCGGCACCAACGGCAUGGUUCCACAGGGCACAUAUUUAAAUGACGCAAAGACGAUAGGGAUCAAGUACGCUAAUUAUGCACACGAGGAAAGCGAACCGAUGAUGUUGGAUCAUAAAGCAUGCAAAGAGGGUAACUCACGAGAGCAGCUAGAUACGAUCAUCAGGGAGAUACGAUUCCUGACCGAACGCUACAAACUCAAAGACAUGGAAGACGAUGAGAUCCAUGACUGGAAGUUUGCUGCCAUGGUCAUCGACCGGUUCGCCAUGGUCUUCCUGACGAUCUUCUCGGUCGUAUCUACAGUCGUCAUCCUCUCCGAUCAUCCCUAGUCAGACGACUUGGUGAACGAUGUCGAGGAUGACUUGGUGAGAUUGGUUUACCAUUGCUGAACAAGAGAUUUACGAUGAAAGGCAGGACCGUUUACCAAGUUGACUAGCGUGCGUCUUGAUCUCUGCUUGCCAUUGUCGAAGACUAUACUGCGGUUGAUCGUAUGAUUUUUGUCGUUUGAACUUUUGUCGUUCGGGGCUCAAUCGAUCAGGCCUUUGAAAUGCUCACUUCAUCUGAGCGCAGUGGAAUCACUUGGGUAGAUUUUCUUCACGAAGGCCGAAAUAUUCAGCACUGCACGUACUCGACCCGUUUACAAAGACUUCCAUGUUGGCACAACCUAACAAGACACUGUUGAAUCGGGUCUUAAUGAUAGUGGUCUUUGAGCGACGUCAUCAAGGACAUUGAAUCUACUGCUUUGUCAAGGACCGCCGUGAGAUAAGACGUGUCUUCCAGGCAUCCUGAGUGACGACUAUUGACGCCUUGAAAGGAUGGAAAGAAUGGCUCAAUCGAUUGUUAUGAACCUGAUGAUUUUUUUUUUAUUUAUGGUUAAAGACCUCUAUAUUGCACGUAGUACUGCCGAGGAUUUUAUCCAUUGGAACCAACAUCGAACUAUACGGAAAGUCAUUCUGGUAGGAAAAUACUGAUGUGUAAUUUUCAAAUACAAAAUGUGAUGCAUUGUAGAGAAUGUAUAAAGAUUUGCAUUAGCUAGUGCUAGAUUAUCAAACCAUAUUAUAUAUCAUAGCAUCUUCACUCGUUUGAUGACAUAUAAGAUGAAAAUAAUCAUGUCCGUAUUGUUCAUUGUCUCCUUUUCUACAUUCUUCCAAAAUGACGAACUUGAACAAAUUGAUGUAGUAAAAUGUAGAAAAGAGCUAGAUGUUAUGUGCAUAUCAUCGUUUGGAUGCCGAGAAUUAUCUUUGUGCGUCCUGAAAUGUUUAUUCCUAUAUUAUACAAUAUGUCGGACUUCAGUAGUAAAUGAUUAUCUUUUAGGGUAAUUAUUCUUUAUCAUGCAUUGUAUUUUUUUACAACGGAAAGUUUGAAAUGAUAUGAUUCUGGUUUGCAAACAAUUCUUGCAUUUCCGUAUGCUUGAAUUUUUUUUUACUGAAAAAAGGAGUAAUCUUGGAAGUGUUGAUUUUUCUAUUGAAACUGAUUUAAAUUGUUCUUUGUAUAAUAUUACUAAUAAUUUUCAUUGUUCUAGAUAUAGUCCUACAUUGAAGAAAAAUGCUGAAAAAUAAUGAAAGUUACAAUCUGAUAAACCAUGCGUUUCAUUUAUUUUAUAUUUUAAAGUCCAAAAUUAUUUACUCCAUUAAUAUUGCGUAAAUGUAGUUCUUUCUAAUAAAACACUAACAUUUUAUUUACGUGUAAAUAAAAUAUAUAAUAUAACAAACAUAAUUUUAUGUAAUGAAAUACAAAAUAAGAAGUUGAGACAUCUUUGCAUCAGUUUGCUAAGUAAAUUCAUGAAAACAUGCAUUGAGCUGUUUCACCGAAAUAAUCCAUAUCUUUAAAGAUCAUAGCCUUUUUUGACUCCAUGUCGAAUUCUGAUUUUUUUUUCAUACAUUUUUUACAAACCUGUUGCAUGUGAUAGAUAUAACUUUAAAUGGUUGCAAUGGUUCAAAAUUUUGAGAUAAACUCGUACAUUUCCAUUUCGCCGGAAGCGAUUAAUGGACGAAAUAGUCGGUGUUCGCUCAAGCAUGAAGAAAAACUUGUUUUAAGUCAUUCUGACUUUUUUGUAAAAAAAUCAUCAACUCGAAUUUGGUGAUUUGGAGGAUUCAUUUCUCGAAAGUGUUACAUAAUUAUUUGAUACGUACUGUAUGUUUAUGAUGAUCGUCAGAGCGAACCAAAUAAGUAAAUUGCAAAACGUCUCUACAAAUACUUCACUAAACAUGCUAGAUAUAACGUAUUCUUUGUAAAAUAACUUGACAAGUGAAUACUCGAUAGUUUUGUUAUUUUCAAUAUCUUACACUUGGCUAGGCAUUAUGCUGUAAUUUGUUGAAAAAGGACGAAAGCAGUAUUGUGUACGUUCUAUAGUUAGUGAUCAAUAUGUAGUUCAGUAUAUUAGUUGCCUAUAUUCAGCUAGAUGUGUCUAUCCUUGAAGAUUGAGCGUAAUUGUACUUCGUUAUCAUUCUACUUAUAACCGUUCUCUGUAUUCCAAAAAAAUGUUUGUUUCGCUGGUCGAAUAUUGACUUUGUAAAUGACAUAUUUUGAACGAUGACAAAUUAUGAAAUACAACCAUUGUGUCUAUAACAAAACGAAUUGUAUUGUACUUGUGGGAUAAAUUUCAGACAAAUAGAAAGAACUUUUAGCUAUAUUUUCUAUUUUACCUAGGCUGAAAUUAUGAUGUAUGCGCUCUUAAUAUGUUGACAGGGGCGUUUUUUAAAUGAAUGAGACAAUAUCGCAACACCUCAACCCAUCCACACAAAAUAAUCCUAUCCCACCCCAACAAAAAAAGUUGCUUCUUUUUAACUCAAACGGUAUUUCAGUAUUUCCUGCGGUAGACUGUAGGACGCUCAGGUAUAUUUCUAUUGAAACACAAAUGCUAAGUCCUCGAUCUGUGUUUGUUAUUUUCAUGCAGCAAAGAAGAUAUUUGGUUACACAUAUUUGUAAAAGGAUUCAGAUAAUCUCAUGAAUAAUAACAAAAAAAUCAUGUGGAUUUUGAAAAUGUUUUUGUAAAUGUAUCCGUUUAUAGUGUUUUUGCAAGUCGGAGACACGGAAGCCCCCCCCCCCGAAAUUGUAAUAACUAUGUUAAUGAAUCGUAUGUUUUUAAUUCAUCGUGGAUGUAUUAUGGACGAACUGAAUGUAAAAAAAUGUCGACAUUUAAUGAUUAUCUUCUAGUAGUAAAAAUUGUAGAAUUUUCUUGUCUCAAAAACGUGGAAUUUUUAGUACAAAAUGUGCCAGGUUAAAAAGAGGUUCUUUUCGAAAUUUAGUUUAGACCAUCUUAGAAAAUUAUUGGAGCAUCCCUCGUCACCGUUUCAAAAUUAUUGUUCACUUCUGAUUAUGUAAAUGUGUCAUGACCGUGUCUUAAAUAAAAGAAUGAAAAUAAAAUUAAAGAUAGG